CAGCAAGAGGCACAGGAAAGCAUGGAGCAAGGUACGCAAGAGCUCAGCCGAGGCAAUCCACAAAGCGCCCUAAGCCACUUCAACAAGGUAUUGACAAUGAGGCCCACCCCGGACGCCCACUAUAACGCCGGUGUCUGCGAGUAUAUGAUGGGUCAGGUUGAUCGCGCGCUGGAGAAUUGGGAAAAGGCUGUGGCUAUGGAUCCGACACAGGCAGAUGCCCAUGUGAAUGCAGGGAAUGUUUACUUUAUGAACAAGAAGGAUAUUCCCAAGGCUGUGGCCCAUUUGAAGAAGGCUGUGGAGCUGGCGCCUAGGGACUCGGAGAUUUUGUUUAAUCUGGCCUGCAUGUACGAGGCGUCGGAUGAACUGGACUCGGCUAUUCGGAUGUACGACCGCGCGGCUGGGCUUGGGCUCGAGAAGGCCAAUACGUUUUUGCGCAACGCCAUGGCUAAG